GUUCCAAUAACCAAUCGCUGCAACACUAGUUACUCGCAUGUGAUCCUCCACAGAAACGAACCAAUGAGACACUAUCUAAACAAUACUGACGUCAAUGAGAGGUGUGACUUCACUAACAAGUCUGGGCAAAACAACUGCGUAAUACAAUUGUCUAUUGUCAGGUCCAAUAGUGAACAUUAUUUGACUGUCUUAGUCUAGUAAUGCACUUUCACUUUUUACAAUGAAUUCAAAAACAAAUCCAAGGGACGAUCCAUUAGAUGACGGGUGUGAUAUAAGCAAUGCACAACUCAUCAGGAUACUUUCGGAGCAUCUCGCCCCUUCUGACCAACCCAGUUUGACUCCCCCUGCUGGUACCAGUCUGACUCCUGGUGGUACCAGUACCAGUUUGAGCGCUGGUGCUGAUCAACACAGUCCGACACUGGGUGUGUGUGUGGUCAAUGAUGGCCAGUCCCUUGCCAAGGAGGAGAGAAUCAAAGGUCAAAUUAAGAAACGGGGUCACAUGGUCGUGGCCCCGUUCGAGAGGCUGAGCAACAAUAUGAGCACUUUUACCCUGUCAGUCCCAGACCAGAGUCCAAUGGAGAGGUUCAGUAAGCAUCACCUGAAUGUUACUCAGCUGUGUGAGCAGUCAUGGUGUGAAAUUAAAGUGGUCUAUGGGUUCCUCAAGCCUCAUAUGAAGAGGAGAGAGAUGAGAAGGACUGCAGUGAUGACAGGGGCCAGUAUUCAUCUUGCUAGAGAACUGGAGGCAAACCCAGAUGCUGUGACUGUGGUUGUUCAUACCAGAGAGGACAGGGAAGCCUUGAAACUCAUCAACCUGAUACAGAUGGUCCCAGCUCUGGAGGCAGGCCAGCUUGUACGGGAGUUUCCAGUGUUAGGUGUGUUGGAUGGGGUGUUUUUCCUGGGUGUGGUUGAUGAGCUGUAUUGUAGUAAGUCUGGGGAUCUGGUCCUGAGUGAACUGAAGACCCGCAGUCACAACUCCCUGCCGCAUCCUGCCCAGGCCAAGGGACACUCUCUACAGGUGGGUGUGUAUAAGCUGCUGUUUGACUCCAUGGUUCAGGGUUCUGUGAAGAGGGAUCAGCUCCUCCACUUCCUCAAGCUCCGGCCCCACCAGGCCUUUGGGUCAGAGCUCCAGAGGUAUGCCCAGAAAUUGGGCCUCCUGGCAGUCACCUUCGGAGAGCUUGUGGACCACCUGUUGGUUGUGCUACAUUUCUCUAACCUCCAGCCCAUUGACAAGCUAUGCCUGGAAUACAGACAUCAGAGCUCCGGAGUCCUCAUAGGAAACAGGGAGGUAGAGUUUGAGGAGACCCAGCUAAGGGCUGAGCUCAGGGACUACCUGGCCUUCUGGAGGGGAGAGAGGGAGCCCCAUGGAGUGGAUAUUGAGGAUAUAGAAGAGGCUUGGAAGUGUAGGAUGUGCCCCUAUGAGGAGAGCUGUGAAUGGAGGAGGAAUAGGUUGCAAGAGGUGAUGGUUGAUGGCAGUAAGAAAGCCAAAUUGGAUGGUUCUAAAUCCGAGACUCCCAAUUCAAGUUGGAGAGUCCCAAAUUGAAGUUUGUCAGGUCUGAGAAUCCAAAAUGGGAGAGUCAAAGGUUGGACAGUCCAACAGUGGAUAGCCUGACAUCUGCAUGACUUCCGUCAUGAUUAUAUGGGUUUACAAUAGGGUUGAAUAGCGGGGAGGGGCCUCCCAUUCUGGGUUCGAGUCCAGGCUCUGUCGCAGCUGGCCGUGACCAGGAGACCCAUGGGGCGGUGCACAAUUGGCCCAGCGUCGGCCGGGUUAGGGGAGGGUUUGGUCGGCCGGGAUAUCCUUGUCCCAUCGCGCACUAGCGACUCCUGUGGCGGGGCGGGCGCAGUGCACGCUGAACCGGGUUACCGAGAUCUACUGAGAUUUCCUGCCCAAACCCACUCCCUUUUCCCCGGGUAAAUAACUGAGAAACCGGUAAAUUAGAAUACAUUAUUUCAGUAUGAUGUAAAAUGGAACUGUUAAAUUAUACAGUUUAAGUCGGAAGUUUACGUACACUUAGGUAGGAGUUGUUAAAACUCAUUUUUUUUCAACCACUCCACAAAUUUCUUGUGGACAAACUAUAGUUUUGGCAAGUCUGUUAGGACAUCUACUGUGUGCAUGACACAAGUAAUUUUCCAGCAAUUUUUUUACAGACAGAUUAUUUCACUUGUAAUUCACAGUAUCACAAUUCCAGUGGGUCAGAAGUAGGGGUCCACCGAUUAAUCGGAAUGGCCAAUUUUUAAAAUAUUUUUUUACACCUUUUUAUUUAACUAGGCAAGUAAGUUAAUAACACGUUUUUAUUUUCAAUGACGGCCUUGGAACGGUGGGUUAACUGCCUUGUUUAGGAGCAGAAUUACAUUUUUACCUUGUCAGCUCGGGGAUUCAAUCUUGCAACCUUAUGGUUAACUAGUCCAACGCAUUAACCACCUGCCUCUCAUUGCACUCCCACGAGGAGCCUACCUGUUACGCGAAAGCAGUAAGAAGCCAAGGUAAGUUGCUAGCUAGCAUUAAACUUAUCUUAUAAAAAAACAAUCAAUCAAUCAAUCAUAAUCACUAGUUAACUACACAUGGUUGAUGAUAUUACUAGUUUAUCUAGCGUGUCCUGCGUUGCAUAUAAUCGAUGCGGUGUGCAUUUGCGGAAAAAGGACUGUCGUUGCUCCAACGUGUACCUAACCAUAAACCUCAAUGCCUUUCUUAAAGUCAAUACACAUAAGUACAUAUUUUUAAACCUGCAUAUUUAGUUAACUAAAAGAAAUCCAGGUUAGCAGGCAAUAUUAACCAGGUGAUAUCGUGUCACUUGUCUUGCGUUUAUUGCACACAGUCAGGGUAUAUGCGAUAAUAAUAAACGUUUUGUUUUCGAAAUGAUAGUUUCCGGAUUCGACCAUAUUAAUGACCAAAGGCUCGUAUUUCUGUGUGUUAUGUUAUGCUUUGAUAUUUGAUAGAGCAGUCUGACUGAGCGGUGGUAGGCAGCAGCAGGCUCGUAAGCAUUCAUUCAAACAGCACUUUCGUGCGUUUUGCCAGCAGCUCUUUGCUGUGCUUCAAGCAUUGAGCUAUUUAUGACUUCAAGUCUAUCAACUCCCAAGAUUAGGCUGGUGUAACCGACGUGAAAUGGCUAGCUAGUUAGCGGGGUGCUAGGACUAGUUGUUCCCCUUGCUCUGCAUGGGUAACACUGCAUCGAGCUCAGUUAGGGGCGAGGAGAGGGACGGAAGCUAUACUGUUACACUGGCAAUACUAAAGUGCCUAUAAGAACAUCCAAUAGUCAAAGGUAUAUGGAAUACAAAUGGUAUAGAGAGAAAUAGUCCUAUAAAUACUAUAACUACAACCUAAAACUUCUUACCUGGGAAUAUUGAAGACUCAUGUUAAAAGGAACCACCAGCUUUCAUAUGUUCUCAUGUUCUGAGCAAGGAGCUUAAAUGUUCUCCAACACUUUGUUUUUGCAUUAUUUAAACCAAAUUGAACAUGUUUCAUUAUUUGAGGCUAAAUUGAUUUUUAUUGAUGUGUUAAAAUAAGUGUUCAUUCAGUAUUGUUGUAAUUGUCAUUAUUACAAAUUAAUUUAAAAAAUGGUCCGAUUUAAUCGGUAUCGGCUUAUUUUGGUCCUCCAAUAAUCAGUAUUGGCGUUAAAAUCAUAAUCAGUCGACCUCGAGUCAGAAGUUCACAUACAAAGUUGACUGCCUUUUAAACAGCUUGAAAAAUUCCAGGAAAUAAUGUCAUGGCAUUAGAAGCUCCUGAUAGGCUAAUUUACAUAAUUUGAGUCAAUUGGAGAUGUACCUGUGGAUGUAUUUCAUGGCCUACCUUCAAAUUCAGUGCUUCUUUGCUUGACAUGGGAAAAUCAAAAGAAAUCAGCCAAGACCUCAGAAAAAAAUUCAUCCUUGGGAGCAAUUUCCAAAUGCCUGAAGGUACCACAUUCAUCUGUACAAACAAUAGUAAGCAAGUAUAAACACCAUGGGACCACGCAGCCAUCAUACCGCUCAGGAAGGAGACACGUUCUGUCUGAGGUAGUCACCUGGAAUGCAUUUCAGAUAACAGGAGUGCCUUGUUAAAAGUAUAUUUGUGGAAUUUCUUUCCUUCUUAAUGGUGGUACUGUAUACCAGUUAUUUAUUCAGACCCAUUGCCAUUCAAUCUUCGUGAAGAGAAAUGAUAGCCAUCUGCAUCUUAUUCUAGUCCUAUGUUAUUCAAGCAUGACAUUACAAUGAUGGUAUGGACAACACAACUUAUUUCAUUCAGGGGUGCAACUUUCACUGGGGGGGAUUGCAUUUUUGUCCCCCCCCCCAGUUUUCUCAUUGCAAUGUGAUGCAACAGUGUGCUUUGUCGGCUGGAUUUUGGACCAUAUGGACACCACACAGCCUGACAGACUUACUAUGGAGGCCAAGCUUCUGGAAGGCUGGAUUUUUUUUCUUGUUCAGUUUGUCCUUUUGUUUUUUUAUCUUAUGCUUGUUUAUUUGCAUAUUUUUCCUGUAAAGCACAUUGUUGCAUAAAGCUUGAUUUGAUUUGACCAGUUUGUCAUUAGUAGUUCCAUUUGUUAUCCUUUUUUUUCCCUUGUUUUUGUAGUAAAUAUUUCAGCUUUAUUUUCAGUUUUUUUCCUGUAAAGCAAAUUGUUGCAUUCUAUGUCUGAAAUGUGCUGUAUAAAGAUUGAUUUGACCAGCAUA